AUGUCCUCUGAGCCGGAGAACGUCAGCCCCAAUGUCGCCGCCAUCGCCGACUCCAUCACCAAGCUCACCCUCAUCGAGACCUCCGAGCUGGUCUCCGUCCUGAAGUCCCGUCUCAACCUUUCCGACAUGCCGAUGAUGCCCAUGGGCGCCAUGAUGGGCGGUAUGGGCGGCGGUGCCGGUGGUGGUGCCGCUGCCGCUGAGGAGGAGGUCAAGGCCGCCGAGCCCGAGAAGACCGAGUUCAAUGUCAAGCUGGUCGAGAUCAACGCCGCCAACAAGGUCAAGAUUAUCCGCGAGGUCAAGAACCUCCUGCCCCACCUGAACCUGGUCACCGCCAAGAAGUUCGUCGAGGAGGCCCCCAAGGUCAUCAAGGAGGGUAUCUCCAAGGAGGAGGCCGAGAAGAUGGUCAAGCUCUUCGAGGAGCUUGGCUGCAAGAUCGUCCUCGAGUAA